UCCGAAAAACCGGUUCGAGUCCAAGGAAGAAGGAACGCCCGUUGAGCUGAACUUUCAGUUUCGAUUAGUAGCCGCACACAAGGCUAGAUUUUCCGUGCGCAGUAGCAUUUUGAGAUCGAUUACGUGCGACUCUUUUUGACUCGGGCUCGGAUUUUGGUUAUGCAUGGUUGUGUUUAGAUACAAGCGAUGAAGUCUGUGCUGUGCGCUUUUGUGACGGCUGUGCUCGCGCUACAGCAGGCCGAGUGUCUCAAGAGGACCUAUUAUAUAGCCAUUAGAGAGGAAGACUGGAAUUACGCACCGAGCGCCAGAAACCUUAUCAAUAACCGAAGCAUUGAGCAAGACGAACAUGCGUCGGUUUUUCUGUCAAGUGGCAAGACCCGGAUAGGGAGUGUUUACAAAAAAGCUUUGUACAGACAGUACACAGAUGGGUCUUAUUCCGAGGAGAUAGCUAAACCUGCCUGGCUCGGCUUCCUCGGACCCAUUUUACGGGCUGAGGUCGGAGAUGUCAUAGAGGUGCACAUGAAGAACUUUGCGACCAGGUCUUAUUCUCUUCACCCUCAUGGAGUCUUCUAUGAGAAGAAUUCAGAAGGUUGGAUAUGCAUUAUCUCUCUAUUAGUUCCAUUACUAGUUCUGCUUUUCCCUCCAUCCCAUUCCUUCUGUUGA